AUGUCGCCCUGGAUCCGCAAAUUAUUUAUUGAGAUUUUACCCUAUUAUCUACUUAUGAGGAGGCCGAUACAAAAAAGUAAAAAAUCUAGAAAAACAAAAGAAGAUUUGGGCACUUCAAUUAUGCUACAUCUAUUGCCUAAUGCCGUCUUAAGAAAACAAAAGGAGCGUGAAGCUUUAAGUCAAAGGCGGCUGACUCUACAACGACAAUCUAUUCUUGAGCAGAUGGAGAUACAUACAGCUCCAAGCUCUGCAGAAGCUAUAAAAAGAAUAGCUGGGCAUGGCCGUGAGAGCUCUGGACUUAUAGCACAUUUCGCGAGUACUUCUAGAGAAAGAGAGCAAGACGGCAGUUUAUAUAGAGAGCAAAGUCCGCUUAAAAGUGCCGUUGAUAGUGUAGCCUUCAUUGCUGAACAUUUUCAACGUGAAGAAGAUGAUCAAAGAAUUUCAAACGACUGGACAUUUGUGGCGAUGGUUUUGGAUAGAAUUUUCUUAAUAACUUUUACUGUUAUUUGUUUUUUCGGCUGUGUACUCAUCAUUUUCCGCGCUCCAACUAUUUGGAGUGCGGAACCUGCACUUGGAAACGCAUGA